CACAUAAAUACAUCAUCACGCAUUAACCCCCCAUUACAUUCGCAAACCUCAUCACCUUCGCCGAAACAGAACAAAGGCUCACGCAAACACACACACAACCCUCCAAAAACCACCCACCGCGAUCUCUGAUCUCUCUCUAAGCUAAGCAAUUUUUUUAUUUCCCCAGUCACACAAUUUCCCAUACAUACCUUGUUGCUUGAUAAUUUUAAGCGACGAUCGAUAUGGUGAGAGCCUGGCACUGCUUUCCACCAUCAUCCCCUUGUUGGGUGCUCCUCCGUCAACCGCCACAGCCACAUUAAUUCCCUGGCUCUGUGAUUUUUCUGUUUGGUGCGACCAAACUCAAUCGGAGAAGCCAGCAGCGAAGGUGCAGAGCCAAAUGCUCGAUUCGGUUCUGUUGGCGCUCUUUCUGCCAUGCCUUGGCAUGAGCGCCAUCUUUACAGUCUACAUGUGCCUUCUCUGGUACGCCACCACCCGUCACUCGGCUGACAGGCUACCGGUUAAGCCAGUCUCUGAGAAGGGCCUCUCCUCCUCUGACUUGGAAAAGCUACCGAAAAUCCCCGGUAAGGAACUGGUCAUGGGCUCCGAAUGCGCCGUCUGCCUCGAUGAGAUCGAGAACGAGCAACCGGCUCGCCUGGUUCCUGGUUGCAACCACGGGUUCCAUGUUGAAUGCGCUGAUACCUGGCUCUCCAAGAACCCGCUAUGUCCGGUUUGUAGAGCCAAGCUUGACCCUCAGCUUUUCACUCCUCAGAGCCAUUGCUGAAUCUGGAAACAAUGCAAUCUUCCCUUCAUUUUCUCCGUCUUCCUCCUUCCCAAUAAUUACAGGCUUAGCUUGCCAUCAUUAAAAUUAAAAUAAAUAAAUAAAAAUGAAGGAACGGAAAGAUUAAAUUUUAAGAGCCAUAGAAGCCGCCAUUUACAUUAUAGCCUUAAUUUAUUUGUUAUUGUGUAGUCACUAGUGUUAUGUUAGGGGUCGUUUGUGAGUGACUAUGGUAACGUAGCGCCGAAAGCACACUCUUUUCUCUCUUGGGAGGUUGUCGCUAUCACUGAUCUUGGAGAGGGUUGAACGUGCGGAGGAGGUUGGCGAGGUGGAGAUUCAUAAACUUUAUUAAUUACUGGUAGUUUAAUUUCUUAUUAAUUUGUCAAUUUAUUUAUUGUUAUUAUUAUUAUUAUUAUUAAUUGGAUGUGGUUGAUGUGUAAUGUGUUCGAGAAGCUUUCCAGAA